AUCUCAUUUAACAAACACGCGGGCAAAGAGAAGAAUCCACAGUUAUCCAGAAGAACCCAAAACCUCGUCUACCAAAAAUCUCACCGGAAACUUCUGGCAACUUCCAGAAUCAACCUUUCUCCUUCUCGAACCUGUAUUCUAGGAUUUCCAAGUACCCAUAUAAAUACCUCAUUCCAUUUCCUCUCUUUACCGACAACAAAGCCAAAGCAAAUCCCUCAAAUUUACUUCCAUAACAAAGAAAAAAGAUUUCAAGAAAUAGUCUGUGAAUUCCAUCCAAAAGCGACCAAUGGACUUUCCGUUUUUUGGAAAUCGCUUUAGUACCUGGUCUCGUCCUCGCUAUGAGCAGAGCUUGAGGGGUAUUCCGGUCCAGGUCCAGCCCAAAUCCACGCCACCACCGCAGCCUAUGAAGCCCAAGGUGGUGGCGGUCCCCGUCCACUUCGUCGGGUCGGAGCGGGGUAGAUCCGACUCCGCUGUCAGGAUCCAGAAGGUGUUCAGGGGAUUCCUAGUGAGAGAAAACAUUAAGAAGAUCAAGGCAAUAAGGGAGGAAGUGAACGACAUCGAGCGUAGGGUUUCGAUGAAAGAAACGGUUGAUUUGAUUCGAAAUGAUUCAAAGGAGAGAUUGAAAAUCAACGAGAUGUUGAUGAGCUUGCUUUUUAAGUUGGAUUCGGUUAGAGGAGUGGACUCUGGAGUUAGGGAUUGCAGGAAAUCCGUUAUUAAGAAGGCGAUUGCAUUACAAGAACUGGUUGACGCCAUUGUUUCCGCUGAUCAAUCCCUAGAUUCCAACAAUGCCAUUGCAGUUGCUGAAACUGAAACCGUUGAUCAAAAUCAAGGAAUUACUGAUUCUGCUGACAAUUGCAAUCAAACCCCAGAGUUGCAAAAGCAUGAUGAAAUAACUAACAAGGCUGAAUUUAUGCCUAAUUUGAGUGAAUCCGAAGUGAUUCCGCAAAAUCAGGAAACUGUUGAAUCAAGCAAAGAAAUUGUUGCAAAUCAGGAAGAUGAGGAGAGUACGGAGACAGGUCGGCCUGAAAGUCAAACCGAUUCGUCUGCAAAUCCUGAGAGUGUAGAUGAAGAAGAGGAAGCUGCAUUGGAGGAAAAUGAAACUCGUCUGGCCGAUGGUGGGAAGGCAGGGAAGAAUAGUAGUAAGGAGGAUUGUGGGGAGAAUAAAAGUAGCAAGGAAUUGUUAGAGAGGAUGAUGCAGGAUAAUGAGAAGAUGAUGGGGUUGAUGGCAGAGUUGUUCGAGAGGAAUGAAAUGCAGACGCGGUUGUUGAGUGGAUUGUCUCAAAGGGUGGAGCAGCUGGAGAAGGCAUUCUUGUGCCAGAAGUUAAGGAGAAAGAAGAGGAGAAGUGUUGCUGGCUCUGUUGAUUGUGUUGAGAAGUUGCCCGAUGUGAAGAAAUGUGGGAAGAGAUAGUUGUGACUUUUACUUUGCUUGGUUGUAGAAAUUGUUUUGGAUUUGUAUUUUUAUGUGUUGUUUAUUCCUUUUUCUUUUUCCUUCGGAACAUCAUGCUUUUUUGUUGUGUUCGUUUGAAGCAAGUUGAAUGAAUGUUCAUAUCGUUUUUGCCCAUUAAAGCAAGUUGAAAUUAAUGUUGUUAA